GCCACAGGAAAAACAUCACAGCAUUUCCGAGAAGUUGCAUUGUUGGAGAUAACAGUGGGAACUGGAAACGCAGGCAGAACAGGAGUCUUUGUACUCGUAUGUGUUGCUUCAUUUCUAUCUCCUGCAAUUGUCAUGACCACCUUUGGGUUACAAGCCUGUGACUGUGGUGGAGUUUCCUGCAGCAUGAUCCUAAAGGCCACUGGACCCAGUUUAUGCGGCUUUGCAUUGAUAUUCAUCCUGCUUUCAAGAUCGAGAAGCCUGGUUAAUUUGACCCGACUGGAAUACUCAGCUGACCAACGGUGCUAUCGCUCUUGUGGCGAACAGACAUCCUUUGCCCAUUUCCUCAUCUUUGGUGUCCUGUUUUGCUUGAGUGGGAUGCUGCUGACCACGAUUGGAGUUUGGGCUGUCACCUGCACUGGCACCGUGGACGGCCAAGCACUCAACUUCCCAACGAGAAUUAAUGAGAACGAGAAGUGCAAACUGCUGUUUUUACAAAUCAUGGGCCCGGCAGUGACAUUUAUUGGUAUUUGCUUCUUGUUAAUGGCCCACAUCAAAAGGAAGGUGGCAUCAGGUGCCGAUGAAGAAAGUCCACCUAUAAAUGAUCACGAGCCGUGCACCUCAGGCACAUGUCAUAUUGUAACAGAUAGAUCUGGGUUGGUUUUUCCAUUUCCGCCGCCUUACUUCCUUGAGCCACCACCAAUGGUGAAUGAUGCCUGUGAAGCCAGCUGGCUUGCCCCCAGUGAAGACCCUCCGUCUUAUUACAGCAUCAUCUUUUGCAGAGCAGAGGAAACCCACGAUGAUUUACAAGACACGUUAACAGUGGAUGAAGUUCCCAACAGCAUUCCACCGCCUUCAUAUGAUGAAAUCUUCCCUGUGGAAAGUGAGGAUGCCUCUGGACAUUAGCUUCAACGCUUUUCUCGAGCUACAACAAUAGGAUUUGAAUAUGAUUGUGAUUAUUUUUCAUGCACUCUUCUUUAUUAUACAUCUUUCCGUUCACUAUUGCUCGUUACUUAAUGUAGAGAUACAUCCCAUCGGCCCAGCGAGUCUGUGCCAACCAGUGAUCCCCGCACACUAA